CGAUGUGGAGCUGUGUCGGGCAGCAGGAGGAGCCGACGGCAACAGAAAAAGAGCGAUUCAAAGAAAGACAUGAACGCCGCUCAAAUGCACGAAUUCGGGAUUUGACUUUUCACCGGCCUCUGCGGGCUAAUGUUUAGCCGGACGUGUUUGAUUUUAACGGAGACGCAAAGGGUGUUGACUACGGAAACUGCAACACCUAAAAAAAAAAAAAAAAAAACACAACACCAAGAGGAAUCGGCAAAAGGGACAGAGCCAGGCUUAGGAUGGUUCUGGAGAAACUGACUCUGCACUGGCAGCCUCUUCCAUGUUAAUGUAAUGGAAACACGCUAUGGUCACCCCGGUAGCAUCUGAAAUGCAUCAGCGGAAAUAUAUCAGCAACUCCCAUGGCUAAUUGUAUCAAGCGGUGGCUUGAGUUUGCCAGUGGAUGCUCUCAAGAGCCGGCUGCCCUGCCAUGCCCAGCGCCAUGCUAAAGCAGCACACUCAUAAUAACAAGGAGCACUCAGUACAACCAGUGGGAAAGCUGUGGAAAAAGUUGGUGGAAAAUCUAUGGUUUGAGCCUCAAUUUUGAUUUCCUUUUUUUAUUUUGACCUAGAUAUUCAGUAGCGCACUACACCAAGGCUGCUUUUUUUGCCAUCUGCAGCUCUGCUUUCUCUGCUUUCACUGCCUUCAUCCUGGCCUCUUCCUGACAUAAACACCAAGGACGGCUGAACUGUGAUCAGCUUUCUCAAAGGCACGUUUGCAGCCGACAUAAUGGAUGUUCAGAUUUAUAGCUGGGCUUUGUUGGAGUUGAAAAUGUGAUGGGUAGGAUGAAGGGACCCCUAUGAAGAGGAGGAAUAGGUGGAACAGCAGCACUACAUCAAAAUGGCCCAAACCAGUUUGCUGCAAGGGAAACGUUUUUACUGCCGGGAGUGGGUCUUCCACAAGAUCCAGCAUUGCCUCCAGGAGAAAACUAACAACCUCAGUGGAGUGACCAGCACUCCAUGUAAGCAGCCCCCACUGGCGCCCAGUGGGGGUGCGUCCAAUCCCGGUACCCUCACAGCGGGGUCCUCCAAAGCGGGUAACUCCUGGGGAGUGCUGCUGGUGGGGGGACCGGGAAGUGGGAAAACUGCACUAAGCACGGAGCUCCUGUGGCCCACCUCAGCCCAGGGAACCCACCGCGGUCUGCAUCAGCAGAGCCUGGCCUUCCACUUCUGCCGGGCGGACGACUCGGACACGCUGUGUGUCGGCGGGUUCAUCCGAGGUCUGGUGGCUCAGAUCUGCCACAGCGGGCUGGUUCCGGGAUACGAGGAGAAGGUGCGUGACCCAGCUGUGCAGAGCACUUUGCAGCCUGGGGAGUGUGAGAGGAACCCCACAGAGGCUUUUAAGAGAUGUGUCCUGUUGCCUCUGCUGAGUGUGAAGCCUCCCCAGCAGGCUCUGUUCCUGCUGGUCGACUCCAUCGAUGAGGGCUGUCAGCUGGGGGAGGGGGAGCAGAGGUCAUCCCCCGGCUCCCCCAGGACCAUCGCUGAGCUCCUGGCCAGUCAUCAUGAGUUCCUGCCUCCGUGGCUGUUGCUCAUCUGCUCCGCACGCAGGCAGAACAAGGCCAUCACCAAACUCUUCACAGGAUUCCGCAAAAUCAGCCUUGAUGAUCUGCGCAAAGCCUACAUCGUCAAAGACGUACAGCAGUACAUCCUUCACCGGCUGGACCAGGAGGAGGCCCUGAGGCAGCAUCUGACCAAGGAGACGGCAGAAAUGCUCAAUCAGCUCCACAUCAAAAGCAGCGGCUGCUUCCUUUACCUGGAGCGUGUACUGGACGGAGUGGUAGAGAACUUCAUCAUGCUUCGUGAGAUCCGUGACAUCCCCGGGACACUGAAUGGCCUUUACCUGUGGCUCUGCCAGAGACUAUUUGUCAGAAAACAGUUUGCCAAAGUCCAGCCCAUCCUCAAUGUUAUUCUGGCAACCUGCAGGCCACUCACUGUCAAGGAACUGUACCAUGCAGUCUGGACCAAAAACAUGACUCUGACUAUGGAGGAGUUUCAGAAAAAGAUGGAUAUUUUGUCCAAAUUGUUGGUUGACGGUCUUGGAAGUACUAAAAUCCUUUUUCACUACAGUUUUGCUGAGUGGUUGCUGGAUGUUAAGCAUUGCACCCAGAAGUACUUAUGCAAUGCAGCCGAGGGACAUCGAAUGCUGGCGAUGAGUUACACUUGCCGGGCAAAACAACUCAAACCACUCGAAGUGCAGGAAUUCGCACUGCACCUUGUCAAUUCCAACCUGCAGAUCGAACCAUUUAAUCUGGCUCUUUGGAUGGUUUGGAAUGGAACCCCCGCUAAAGACUCUCUGACCACCUCAAUACCAAAAGAACAGGAGGUUUUGCAACUUUUGGUCAAAGCUGGAGCUCAUGUUAACAAUGAGGAUGACCAUGCCUCGUGUAUUGUACAGCAGGCCCUGGAAAGAGAGGACUCGAUACGGACAUUACUUGACAAUGGGGCAUCUGUGAAUCAGUGCGACUCCAGCGGGAGAACUUUGUUGGCCAACGCUGCAUACAGUGGAAACCUCGAUGUGGUCAACUUGCUCAUUUCUAGAGGAGCAAACAUGGAACUAGAAGACAACCAUGGACAAACGGCACUUACUCUUGCUGCGAGGCAGGGUCAUACAAAAGUGGUCAACUGUCUCAUUGGCUGUGAGGCCAACAUAAACCACACUGAUCAUGACGGAUGGACCGCACUCCGUUCAGCUGCCUGGGGUGGGCAUUCAGAAGUUGUAUCUGCUCUGCUUUAUGCUGGAGCCAAAGUGGACUGUGCAGAUGCUGAUGGUCGAACUGCUUUGAGAGCUGCUGCUUGGGGAGGCCAUGAAGACAUAGUGUUGAACCUUCUUCAGCAUGGGGCCGAGGUCAACAAGGCAGACAAUGAAGGAAGAACAGCUCUAAUUGCUGCAGCGUAUAUGGGACACAGAGAGAUCGUCGAGCACCUGUUGGAUCACGGAGCUGAAGUUAAUCAUGAAGAUGUGGAUGGGAGGACUGCGCUGUCAGUCGCUGCUCUCUGCGUUCCCGCGAGCAAAGGCCAUGCUUCUGUAGUAAGCCUUCUUAUCGACAGGGGGGCAGAGGUAGACCACUGUGACAAAGACUGUAUGACUCCUCUCCUUGUGGCUGGCUAUGAAGGACAUGUCGAUGUAGUCGAUCUGCUUUUGGAAGGUGGAGCUGAUGUGGAUCACACGGACAACAACGGUCGUACCCCUCUUCUUGCUGCUGCAUCAAUGGGCCACGCCUCUGUUGUCAACACAUUACUUUUCUGGGGAGCUGCUGUUGAUAGCAUUGACAGUGAGGGAAGGACUGUCCUGAGUAUUGCUUCUGCUCAGGGAAAUGUGGAGGUGGUCAGAACUCUGCUGGACAGAGGUCUGGAUGAGAAUCACAGGGAUGACGCAGGAUGGACUCCACUACAUAUGGCUUCAUUUGAAGGGCACCGCCAAGUUUGCGAUGCCCUCAUCGAGCAAGGAGCUCGUUGCACAGAAGUAGAUAAUGAUGGUAGAAUACCGCUGAUAUUAGCUGCACAAGAAGGACAUUAUGACUGUGUGCAAAUUCUUCUGGAAAAUAAAUCAUGCAUUGACCAGAGGGGAUAUGAUGGGAGGAACGCUAUCAGGGUGGCUGCACUGGAAAGCCACAGGGACAUUGUUGAGCUGCUGCUGAGCCACGGAGCUGAUAUCGACUUCAAAGAUGCAGACGGACGGCCAACACUCUACAUACUGGCACUUGAAAAUCAGCUGGCCAUGACAGAGUAUUUUCUUGAAAACGGAGCCAAUGUGGAAGCUUGUGACACUGAGGGCAGAACGGCCCUCCACGUGUCCUGCUGGCAAGGGCAUGUUGAGAUGGUGCGGCUGCUGAUUAACUACCACGCUGAUGUGAACGCCUGUGACAAUGAGAAGCGAUCGGCCCUCCAGUCUGCUGCAUGGCAAGGCCACACAAAAGUCGUUCAGUUUUUGAUAGAAAAUGGGACACAUGUGGAUCACACAUGUAACCAGGGAGCAACAGCAUUAGGCAUAGCUGCCCAGGAGGGUCACAUUGAUGUUGUGCAAAUACUCCUUGAAAAUGGUGCGGACCCUAACCACGCUGACCAGUUUGGACGCACAGCAAUGAGAGUGGCAGCAAAAGGGGGCCAUUCAAUGAUCAUAAAACUGCUAGAAAAAUACGGAGCCACAACUUUAAAUGGCUGCAAUCCCUCUCCAGUGCAUACCAUGGAAGAAAAAACACCUUUAGCUGUGACUGGUAAAAUGCAGUCCCUCACCAUCAAAUCAAGUAGCUCUGGCAGCACUGGAGCAGGAGAUAUGCAGUCGUCCGGACGUUGUCUACCCAACGGACCUGUCCAUGCAUUCAGCUCACCUUCAGAAUCUCCAGACUCAACUGUAGAUAGGCAGAAAUCCUCUUUGUCAAAUAACUCUCUCAAGAGUUCAAAGAACUCCUCACUGAGAACCACAUCGUCCACGGCCACAGCUCAGACUGUGCCAAUUGACAGUUUCCAUGGACUGACUUUCACAGAACAGAUUCAGCAGCACUCACUGCCUCGCAGCAGAAGCAGACAGUCUAUCGUGUCCCCUUCAUCUACAACAAAGUCCAUCGGCCAGCAGCCGUCAUCUCCAUCCAACGAUUUUGACUGGUCUCAGUUAAAACCAGGCCUCAAGGUGACAAAGGGAAAUAAGACCGGGGCGUCGAAUGGUAAAGCACAGGGAGACAAGAAGAAAACAAAGAACGGAUCAAACCAAGGUCAGGUUUUGGAGUACGAGAUGACCCAGUUCGACAAGCGCAUCGCUAUCAACAAAACAGUUGCAAACAUCGCAGUGAAGGAUCCCCACUGUAAGAUCAUGAUCGGCGGUUCUAUUCAACAGGACCGAGGACAGAGCCAAGACCAGUUCUUUAUCCAGCAGCAGAGCUGUUCUGACAAGAAGAGGAAUGGCAUCAUGACAAACCCUAACUAUCAUUUGCAGGGUAAUCAGGUUUUCCUGGGUAGGGUAUCAGUUCCUCGGACUGUGCAAAACAGAGGCCACCAGGAUGUUCUAGAGAACUAUCCCAUAGGGGAAACCGAGCUCAGCCUUAAACAAGCUCUGAAACUACAGAUUGAAGGAUCCGACCCUGGGUUUAACUACAAAAAGGAGACUCCAUUAUAGCUGAUGUCUUGAAUGCCAUCCGUCAUGCAGACAUUGGAGGGAAUGUGCCAAAGCAACUGUUUUCAUCUGCAUAAAAAUACUGCAUUUGUUCUCAUCAGUGGGAGACCUCAAAACAAUACGUAGGGAAGAUUGUUGAUCGCUGCCUAAGGCUUAUUGUGAACUGAUACUUCGAUGUGCCUACAUCUGUUACAGCCUUCUUCAUGUAUUCAUGCAAACUAUCAUUUUUAAUUUAAUGUAAUGCUAUUUAAUAAACAGUGUAUGCACUUUUAAAAGAGUAAAAUGACAGACAUGCAUUUGUUCUAUUCACUUUGUAUCCAUCCAAGUAAUUGUUUGAGAGAAACAUACCAAUGCUUUUUUUUUUUAAUUUUGUCGGUUCCGCAUACUUUUUUUUUUUUUCACACUGACAGCAAUGUACGACUGAGUACAUUGUCACAAACCAGAGGACAUAACAAUAACUGAUGUCACGGUAUGAGUUUGAUAGUCUGCCUUCCUAGAGACCCCAAAUAAUCUGUGUUAACCUUAUCAGUGUGCUAAACCUAUGUUGUGUGUAAUAUGUUGAUAGCUAUGGCAACUUACUUCAACAAGUAUGUACAAGCAUAUUUAUUUUUUUGGAAAAAAGCCACUUUUUGCUGCAUUUUGUGUUGCAUUACACUCUACCAUGGUGCUCUGUUCAGAGGUUGCCUGCAAUUAUUUUGGUCUCCCUGUUUUCUGGCUUUGUGUGUCGUGUAUUAUUACAAAUAUCUAAGAGCGAGAGAGAGAGGUUCAUCGAAAACAAAAGUCAUUUCGUCCCUGUGGGAUUUUUGAGUUGUGUGUUCUGUUUUUGUGUGUAAAAAAAACAAAAAAAAAUAUUUAAAUAAUCCAUUGUGUACCGUCAGCAAAAGUCUGGUGCUAAACGCAGCGGUUUCAAGUGAAAGCAGUGAUUUAAAAAAUGCAUUUGUCCGCAGACUUAAAUGUAUAACCUACUGCAAUGCAAGAAACAAAAUUCAAGCUUUCUUUUGUUCUGGUCAUUUUCAGUUAUUCCUGUUGGAUUUUUCAGGGGGCAUGACACAAAGACGGCUCAAAAAAGGGUUCAGCCAUAAAGACAACUCAUAGCUGUCAAUGAUAGUUUGAAAUGCGGAGUUGUAAAGCCAAAGUUGAAACAACACACUGUCCCACCUCCUUCCUGUGAGAAGCUGGAAAUCAGUUGAACAGGACUUAACCCUAUGGGAGACGGAGGGGAGGAGGUGCUCGACUGUGACGCUGAGGGAACAGAAACAUCUGUUUCUCAUGAACUGUUUGGAGCUGCGUUAGCGUUUACAGGCUGUGUCAUAUUUUUGCAGGCUUUUCAUAAUGUUAACAGUGAGCUAUUUUUUGCCAAGAUCUGGGAUUGGGGGAGUAGAAGCCUAUCGCAUGCACAAACACUUAUAAGCCCUAGUGAAAGCUCUCAGCUCUUCAGUACAACAGCAGCUCAAAGGUGUACCAUGAAGUGUCAAUAGAAGGAAACGAGACGGGAUCGGGUCUAGAAACAGUGUUGGAAAACAUACUGUAUAGUCUUAUUAAGCAGAUAUCUUGUUUGUCUUGACUGUGUUUUGUCAUCUUUGAGUUGACUGUCAGUGAUUGGAUUGUAAAUAGCUUACCAUGUACAUUGAACUUUCAUUUAAAAAGAAUUCCUGUAUUAUAUGAAGUGGAAUUUUCUGAUGUAUAUUAAAGUGCUUAAUAAACAUAUUUGCUUUACUGCUGGAAAA